ACCGAAUCGCACAUGCGCAAUUCACAAAGUAGUUAUUUACUAUCGAACCCGUGUAUUUUCACAUUGUGACGUCUGGCUGUUAGGCAACAGACGAAUUAAAUUUGCGGGCAUGGCCCAUGAGCAAGCAUCACUUUUGCUUAGCAGACAAUUAAAAGAACUCAAUAAAAGUUCAGUUGAUGGAUUCUCUGCUGGUCUAAUUGAUGAUGAUGACUUGUUUAAAUGGGAGACUGUCAUCUAUGGCCCUCCAGAAACUCUCUAUGAAGGUGGAAUGUUUAAAGCCCAUCUGAUAUUUCCCAAAGAGUAUCCACACAGGCCACCAAAGAUGAAGUUUGUGUCUGACAUGUGGCACCCUAAUAUUGACCAAGAAGGCAAUGUCUGUAUUUCUAUCCUCCAUGAGCCUGGCGAUGACAAGUAUGGGUACGAGAAGGCAGCCGAACGGUGGCUGCCAGUUCACACUGUGGAGACCAUUUGCAUCAGUGUGAUCUCAAUGCUUGCAGACCCCAAUGAUGAAUCUCCGGCCAAUGUAGAUGCUGCGAAAAUGUGGCGAGAAAAUUUUGAAGAAUUCAAGAAAAGAGUCACCAAGACUGUUCGUAAAAGUGUUGAAGAAUUAUGAUAGCCUUCUGUUAGGAAUAAAUGUGCUUUAAACUGGUCCCUGAUAAAGUAACCACACUCACUGUACUGGCAGCAUCCGUCAUGGUCACGAUGAUGUUCUGUAGUUUAUUUUCCUUGGAUUUAGCCUUUGAUGAUGACCUCAAAAAGUUCUAGCGAUUGGUAGUUUUGUGUGCAUGAGAGUGAUUGUUAGAUGUUCCGAGAGUUUUACUAUUAUUGCUGAUUGUGUGGUAUUUUUUUUUUUUUUUUGACAAAAAUUCAAUAUGAAACUUGGAGAACUGAAACAUUCAACUGCUGUUGUUAACUUCCUUAUAAAUGUAAAGAUGAGUGGUAUCGCUGAACUUUUCUUUUUCUGUCAAUAUGAUUCACUUUAAAUUUGCAUAUCUCUGUAAUAAAUUUGUCUAUGUGUGGUUCAAAUUUUUAAUAUUUAAAUGAACACAUGUUAUCCUGUGAUUGGCUAAAAUAACAUUGAAUUGUGCUGUGUUGAAAAGUUUAAACUGUAGGCAUUUUUAAAAGGUUUCUAGCAAAAAAAAAGAAAAAUUUCAGGACUUAGUUUGGAAAUCUUUUUAAUCAUAAUGUAUAUAAUUUGUCCUUAAAAACUAUAUCUAGUGUUUGACAUUGAUUUGAAAAUUUUGAUCCACAUGGAUAUACAUCACUUUUUUUUUUUUUUUUUUUCAAAUUUUUAUUUCAACAUGUCACUCUGAAAUAUUAUUGACUUGAGAAAAAUUUGUUAGCGUAACAUUCUUGUGUCUCAUUUUUUUAAUUUUUAAAUUAGAGAUACAAUGUCAGUGAACUUUGUGGUGCCUGCAUGUUUCAUGGAUGCAGGACAUAUCAGUGUAUUCUGCAAUAUGUAAAAAUUGUUUCAUGUAUUUAUCACUUGUACAUUUUGAAGCCCAUGAUCUAUAUUACUCAGACACCUUUGAUUAUCUCCCUUCCAGUUAGCUUGCAGAUUUUCUUGAUUAAAAUGAGAUUUUGAAUGUUCUGAAGCAAUAUAUAAAUAAUCCUACUUUUUUUUUUUUAAAUGCUAGAUAACUCCAUUGUGUAGAUUAAUUUUGGUAACUAUUUCUGAAAUGUUAAUUUAAAAAAGCUAAAAAUGAAAAUCUAGGCCAGUGUAUUCUUUCCUUUUAGAAAAAAAAUUUAGUUGUAGUUGUCUUUAUUUUGUAACAUUCUGUAAAAUAUCCCAUGAAAUCUUUUAAUAUUGCCGCCUUAAUAAACAAUAAGUUCAUACCAUACAUCAUUUUUAGAAUUUGUGAUUACUUUUAGUUCAUAGCUUCUGAAACCUGUCUAGCAGCAUUGGCGGCACCUGAGUUUGUAUAACACAAACUUUUUUUGUGUGUAAUCUUAUGAUUAAUUUCACUUGAUUCUUCCGUGUUUACAUCCUGAGAUUUCUUGCAGGACUUAAAAGUGGCUCAAGUGGCCUGCUUAAUCAUUUUCUUUUAAUUCUUACAAAUGCAUUUUGGGAAAUGAAUUUGGACUGUGUCAAAAAUAUUAAUGAUAUUUUUAUUUUCCAGAGUCCAGAUGUUUUGUUGUACAGCUGCAUACAAUGUUAUUUGAUAUUUGAAUGGCAAUUUAUAGCGAUGUCUUUUCUAAGGAUUUGAGAUUUGACACAAGGUCUUGCUCUAACUUGUUGAUUGCUAUAAAUACAUAUAUUAUAUAUAUAAAUAUCUACAAAUAUAUUUCUACCUAAACGAUGUCAUUGCCAAUUUGAACUUGUAUUACAUUGUCCUGAAAGUAUCACAUCAUCAGUAGGUGGCCUGCUAGCAUGCCUAAGUUUGUCCAGAUUGAGAACUCAUGGUUUUUAAAAAUAAAACAUUACUAUGCUUUU